UGACGUCAGCAUUGUGCGCUUUCUCUGGAAGCCUCAUGCUUAUUUGUUUUUGGGGAGUGCUUGGAGUGUAUUAGUACACAUCUCUCGUGUCGUGUAGAUGGAGGAAGCGGAGGCUGGAAAGAGCGAAGAGGCGACCUCACAGGUGCUUCUUAAUAUCGGUGCAACGGGAGGCUUUUACAAUAAGCUUCUGAUAAAUCCAAAAUACCGCAAUAAACAAGGAGCAAAAUCACCAAUUGCCAGAAUACCCAGAAGCAGCAUCCUAGACAGAGUACAGAACUUCCUACCUCAAUUGGCUAAGGCCAAUGAAACUCUUAGUACGGAAAUAGAAUCUUCACCAGCUGGUACUUUUGACAUAGAAAAUGUUGAUGAGAAGGAAGAAAAUAUAAUUGAAAUGAAUGUGGCCCUGGUAGAACUGAGCAGUUCUGAUUCCAGUGAAGAUGAAGAAGAAACCAGUUCUGACGAAAGUUCUGAUAGUGACCUCAGGGAAGAGGUUACUGAAGACAAUAUGAGAUUGCGAAAAACUGAAAAGAAGGGCAAAAUUCAAGUUUUAGAGGAUUGACUAUUAUGAACCUAAUUGUUUUCCUUUCACAUUACAUAAACGGAUUUGUAAAAUUCACCACCUUUAUGUACUGAAAUCACUGCAAAAACUUUCUAGCAUUUCAAAAUGUUAAAACAUUUCAAUAUUGAAAUGAAUGCCUGCUUUUUAUAAAAGUAUGCUGCGCAGAUAUUUGUUUUUCCAUUUAUUGUGACAAAUGUUUAUACAAUAUACAACAAUAAAUCUUGACAAAUGUUA